GAGUAUAAGUAUGUGUGCUAUCUGCUGCACUUUGUUGUAUCUUGUUGAAGCACCAUAGAAACUUUUUUGCAAUCUACUGUAAUCAUGCAGCCCUUCACCUAUCUAGUACCCGCGCUCUUCUUCAAUGCUACUGUCAAUACAGUUAAACCUCUGGGUCACAAUUCUUUCGGCGCUGCUCUGGGCUUAUUCGAAUUCGAGAGCGCUACACUAUACUCUGAGCCAGAGUUUGACUUCCAAUUCAGUGCUUCAGUGGCUUCCGGAAUCAAUUUCGCAACGACUAACGAGAAUGCUGGUAUCAGUAGCCCAGACUUUCGCGGGACCGUUGUGCCAAACGAUGGUGCCGCACCCUUCCAGAUGAAGAUGAGCGGAGUUCAACUAGGUAACGAGGCAGUAUUGCCAGUUAUUUCUGGGAAUAUACCAUCCGGACUUGAGGUCCCUUACGGAACUGUAUACAGAGUCCUUACCCCGACGUUUAGAGGAGGUGAAUCAAAGUACAAAACUCUGGAAAACUCAGUAUUUGUAGCAUCAGAGACAGUGUCCGAUUCUGGCAUUCCUGGAAAGUUUCUUUUAGGGGUCAAGAUCUCAAAGGUAUUGGCCAGUAGAACAAACAUUACUAUUGGUGAAGAGUUCAGCGUGUCAAUCAGCACAUGAUUAUCGUAAGGAUUGGUAUGGCAUGAAAACGUAUUUCAUUUCCGUUGAUAUAACGCAUAAGGAGGAUCCAAGGAAAUACCAGAGAAAAACCAAUAAUGUGGUAGUUGUAAUAGAUGAGGAUCGAAACCCGGAGAGUAGGGCGUUCAACAUGUAGCCUUCUUAUUCAUUCCAAGA